AUUGUCGGUUCAUAAAAGAAGAAUAUCUGCAGAUAAUCUUCAGUAUUCAUCGUGACUUUGUUCUGUAUAGGAUUUAACAAAGAUAAUCCAAAAUGUUUUCUAAGAUCUUGUGCUUCGCGGUUCUCGUAGCUGUGGCGGUCGCCCAAGAAACAGAGCAUGGGCACCAUGGACACGGUGUGGCUCGGUCGGAAGUACACAUCAAGACGGUCCACCAUGGACAUGGCCCGCACCAUUGGGUGGAGACGCAUGGCCAUACGGAGCAUGGGCACCAGCAUCAUGGCCAUGAACACCACGGGCAUGCCAUUUCGCAUGUACAAGUCUCUCGCCACGAUAGCCCCGGGCAUGAACACCAUGAACACGAACACCAUACUCAUCCCAAGUACGAAUUCGAGUACCACGUAGAAGACCCGCACACCCAUGACAAGAAGAUGCAGCAAGAGCAUCGCGACGGAGACGUCGUGAAGGGCCGCUACAGUCUGCACCAGCCCGACGGCCACGUCAGACAUGUGGAAUACCACGCCGACAAGCAUGGAUUCCACGCAGACGUAAAAUACAGCCAACAUCAUGCUCAUCAUCAUCAUGGUCACCAUUAGUGCUGAUCUCACCUUCGAUUUAACCCGAUUUUAAUACGAUUUUGCUUUACUGCUAUUUAAAUUUCUUUGAAUAAAAAAUUGUAUUUCAUAAUA